AUGACGUGGCUGCUAUUGAUUUUUCUUGGAAGUGUAAGAUCACAAUUUGCACCUCCAAUUGACCCAGUUAUUGAGACUACCACUGUUUCAACAGGUGUAACUACUCAAACUACUAUAACAACAUCAGAUUCGACUACUAUUCCUACAAGCCCUCCCACAGAUUCUCUGCCAACUACUACGGUAGUAACUACGGUAGUUACUACAGCAGCCCUCUCAAAAACUACUGAAAAUCCAACAACAUAUUCUAGUUCGAUUUCUCCAACUUCAACUACUCCAAAGCCUUCAAGAUGUGAACCAAAAUGCACAUUCCAAGUAGCCUACAUAGAAUCUGCCAAUUUGAAAAAAUUCCCGAAAAGUUGUACAACUGUCUGUGCUGAUCCAUUAUCAAUUCAACAUGAUACGGAUUUGACGGAAAAACAAUUGACAAAUGCGUUAAAAAAUAUGAAACAUCUGAUUGGGAGUUUACUGGUCACCAGAACCAAGUUUAGUAGUGGAAAGUUUUUGGCUAAUUUGGAAUCUGUGGAUUGUGACAACAUUGGUCAGUUCAAAUGGAGUUUGAACGAGAAUCUCACAGAAGUUGGGCUUACAAAUUUGAAAUCUGUUGCCUGUCAAGUUGAAAUUACUUCGAAUCCGAAGUUGGCAAAAUUAAACUUGCCGAAUAUGAUGGGUAGCCUAAUUGGGUACCCAGAUUCGUAA